AUGGAACUCAAGGAAUCCAUGGAAUCCAUGGAACUCAAGGAAUCCAUGGAACUCAAGGAAUCCAUGGAACCCAAGGAACUCAAGGAAUCCAUGGAACCCAUGGAAUCCAAGGAACUCAAGGAACUCAAGGAAUCCAUGGAACCCAAGGAACUCAAGGAAUCCAUGGAACCCAAGGAACUCAAGGAAUCCAUGGAACCCAUGGAAUCCAAGGAACUCAAGGAAUCCAUGGAACCCAUGGAAUCCAAGGAACCCAAAGAAUCCAAGGAACUCAAGGAAUCCAAGAAAUCCAUGGAACCCAAGGAACUCAAAGAAUCCAAGGGAUGCAUGGGAUGGGUGAAUACGACAGAACGACAAGUGUUUCAAAAAUUAGAACGAAGGUUAUCGUCUGCGAGAAAUUCUGCCUAUAAACAGUUCAAAGAAUUCGAAUGA